GUUGGGUAGUUUUACGAAGCAAGCGUCGUGGUCAUGCUCACGCCCUCCCGUCUCCUCCGCGACUCUCCGUCUCCUCCUCCACCAACGACAAAGCCCAGGACAAAUCCCACCCGCAACUCCCACCGAGAACCCCAUCCUCACCUGCCACGUGUCACCCUCCCCCUCCCUAUAAUCAUAAUAAGAGCGAGAGCGGUGAUAACAACGCCGCCGCACGCACGCCGCGGAAGCGCUUCGACCGAGAUGGGAAACGCGCCGGAGGGGGAAACGGAGGGAAGCGGGUUCAAGCUCCGCGGCUUCAGGGGGUUCGUCCGGGCCAACCCCCGGUCCGACCGCUUCCCGGUCCACGGGUUCCACCACGUCGAGUUCUGGACCGGCGACGCCUCCACCGCCGCGGGCCGGUUCGCCUUCGCCCUCGGCAUGCCCCUCUCGGCCCGGUCCGACCUCUCCACCGGCAACCCGGUCCACGCCUCCUACCUCCUCCGCUCCCGCUCCCUCCGCUUCCUCUUCUCCGCCCCCUACGGCCCCGGCCCCGGCGCCGGCGCGGCGAUCCCCUCCUUCGACCCGGAGCGCGCGCGCCGCUUCGUCGCGGCGCACGGCCUCGCCGUGCGCGCCGUGGCGCUCCGCGUCGCGGACGCCGCCGCGGCGUUCCGCGUCAGCGUCGCCCACGGCGCGCGACCGGCGUUCCCGCCCGCCGACCUCGGCGACGGCUUCGCCCUCUCCGAGGUCGAGCUCUACGGCGACGUCGUGCUCCGCUACGUGAGCUUCCCGGCCGACCAAAACCCCGGAGAAGCCCCAGGCUUCCUGCCGGGGUUCGAGGACGCGGCCGCGGCCGCGGCCGCGGGCGAGCCCGGGCGGGGCCCGCUCGACUACGGGCUCCGGCGGCUCGACCACGCGGUGGGGAACGUGCCGGAGCUGGGGCCGGCUGUGGCGUACGUGGCGGGGUUCACGGGGUUCCACGAGUUCGCGGAGUUCGCGGCGGAGGACGUGGGCACGGCCGAGAGCGGGCUCAACUCGGUGGUGCUGGCGAACAACGAGGAGACGGUGCUGGUGCCCAUGAACGAGCCGGUCCACGGCACGAAGCGCCGGAGCCAGAUUCAGACCUACCUGGACCACAACGGCGGGCCCGGGGUGCAGCACCUGGCGCUGGCCAGCGACGACGUGCUCAGAACGCUGAGGGAGAUGCGGGCGCGGUCGGGGGCCGGGGGUUUCGAAUUCAUGCCGCCGCCGCCCCCAAAUUACUACGACGGGGUGCGGCGCAGGGCCGGGGACGUGCUGUCGGACGAGCAGAUUGCGGAGUGCAAGGAAUUGGGGGUGCUGGUGGACAGGGAUGACCAGGGGGUGCUGCUCCAGAUCUUCACCAAGCCCAUCGGGGACAGGCCAACAAUAUUCUUGGAGAUCAUUCAGAGGAUUGGGUGCAUGAUGAAGGAUGACGACGGGAGAGAGUAUCAAAAGGGUGGGUGUGGUGGAUUUGGAAAGGGGAACUUCUCUGAGCUUUUCAAGUCCAUCGAGGAGUAUGAGAAGUCACUUGAAUCUAAACAAUCUACAACAGUCCCAGCUUCCUAAUUCCAACAAAAAAUAAAAGAAAGAAGGCUAUUAUUAUUAUCCUGUAAAGAAAAUAACUUAUUUGAGAGAUGCUAUGUAAUGGGGUUCUUUGGAGAACAAUGGCCUCUAUGUUGUACUUUAAGGGUGCGUUUGGUUCGCACUAUCUUUUAAAGAUUCCUAGUAAUCCAAUGAGAAUAAAAAAAUAUGACGGUGUUUGGCAAAA